CAUCCCUUACCAUUAAUCCCCUCCAACCGUCGCAACUUCCUUCCCCUCCAUUGCGCACCACCGUCGGAACGUCGAAGCCUCCGUCCCGCAGUCGUCCCGCAGUCGUCCCGCCGACGCCAACUCUGUUCCACCUUCAGCCUUCGAUCGUGCUCCACUGCUCCCUGUCCCCCUCUUGCGCCAGCUCUGCCCUGUUCUGCGCUCCCUCAGUCCCUGUUAAUCUGUGAACUGAGGAGGUGGAAAAUGGAGAAUGAGUUGAAAGAGCAGAACAAUAAGAAGAACAACGACGGCGCGAACAAGAAGAGCUCCGUAGUGAUCAAGAUACCUUCCUACGAAGAAGUUCUCCAAAGCUCGCAACAAAAAUCAACUCCACCUUCACUCUUCCUUCCCUCGCAAACAUUCUCCCAAGCCUUUUCCUUCGUCAAAUCCUCUGAGUUCUACGCUCCUCCGCCUCCUACCACCAACGCCGCCACCACCAUCACCGCUGCUUCUUCUUCAAUUUCAAGGGAAAGUUCUCAAUUGAACCCUCCAUCUUCAACUUCGACGUCUUCUGCUGCUGCAGCUUCGUCUCAAGUCGCUCAAAGUCGCAAUGCCAUCCUUGUUAGCCACAGACAGAAAGGAAAUCCGUUGCUUAAACACAUUAGGAAUGUUAGAUGGACCUUUGCUGAUAUUGUUUGUGACUACUUGCUGGGUCAAAGCUCAUGUGCACUCUAUCUCAGUCUCCGGUAUCAUUUGCUGCAUCCAGACUAUUUAUAUUAUAGAAUAAGGGAGUUACAGAAGAAUUUCAAGCUUCGAGUAGUCUUAUGCCAUGUUGACGUGGAGGAUGUAAUGAAGCCUCUUCUUGAAGUUACCAAAACAGCUCUGCUUCAUGACUGCACCCUUCUAUGUGGAUGGAGCUUGGAGGAAUGUGGCCGUUACUUGGAGACCAUAAAAGUAUAUGAAAACAAGCCUGCAGACAUUAUUCAAGGCCAAAUGGAUACAGACUAUCUGUCACGGCUAACACACGCCCUUACAACUGUCCGACAUGUUAACAAGACUGAUGUAGUUACCCUUGGUACCACAUUUGGGUCUUUGUCUCACAUUAUGGGUGCAUCUAUGGAAGAUCUAGCUCGCUGCCCUGGCAUAGGUGAGCGCAAGGUCAAGCGCUUGUUUGACACGUUUCAUGAACCCUUCAAGCGAUUGGAAUCCAGCAGGCAAGUCAUUCCAGAGACGUCUGUCCAGGAUAAGACAGCUAGUCCUGAUAUAUCAGCUAACAAUGAUGCUGAACCUUGCUCCUUGAAUGAAGACAAGCAAAAGGACGCUGAAGAUGUGAACAAACGCAAGGAGAAAGAACCUGAACUUACUGUCAAAUCUGCCCUCUCUGAAGCCUUUGCCAAAUAUUCUAACAGAAUUGGCAAGAGGAAUAAGACUUCACAAGUAGAGGAGAAAGUAGAAUCAGGUGCUGUUAGAAAAUCAGAGGCUGAAAAAUAAUUACAUGAUGCUUUCCACCAGCGGUUAAAGUUUUCCGUUAAGCAUGAUAUUCUUUUAAAAUUUGAAAGCUCGGUUUAUAAAUCCACAAUCUAGAGCCAGCAUGGCACUGCACUUUGAUUCUAAAUCAGAAUGCCUUUAAUUGAUUGUGGACUUUUCCUGCCCUGCAUAUGCAUUAGGGUAGUAUUUGACAUACAACCUUGGUGGGGUAUAAGCGUUGAUCCAGAUUCCAUAUAUAGAAUUAGGAAUGGGAUUCUGGAGUUGAGAAUUUAACUGUUGAUUGUUAAUGCACUUAGCAAGCACCAACUUUUAAAUAUGACUACGUUUAAUUCAUUGGUUUAUUCCAUUUCGAUUAAGAAUUCUAUAUGUUCUUUCAUCAUUUCUAGUAGAAGGCAUCUGGGUUGCUGCCCAUGCAUGGAUGCGCUUAAAAUGGUUCGUUAGGUUUGGAACUUCUUUAGUACAUGAUAUUACACUUUCUUUUUCACUUUCCAUUCUCCACAUUCAAGAAAUUAUGUUAGUAACUUGCUUUUAGAGUUGACUUUAUCCAACUAUUUUGAUUUUUUUCCUCAUGCUAUUAUGUUCUUCUCAUGUUCUUGAGUGUUUUGGGCUGAAACCAAGCAUAAAGGAGAAUGACUUGGAGGGUGUAGUUAUAUCAAAAGAUUGAAAGUUGGUGCUCUUUAGGUACAUUUUUACAAAAUUGACUUUCAGAUCAAAUGUUUUUAAUUUCGAUAACCUUAUAGAAAAUUUAGGACAAAAUAUAGUGUUCGUACUGCUAUGUAUAACAAUAGUUGUAUACCAUUUGCUUGCUAAAAGAUGUGUAUUAUGCCCUUUCCAUUUUCUGCUCCUGGUGGGGUAUUGCACUUCUCUACUUUAGGUGGCACUAGGAAAAUAAUUUCUAUUUUAUGUUAUGAGAAUGUCUUCCAGGACAUUUCACUCCUCGAGAUCCUGGUUCUCUCUGCAUUGCAAAUACUCUUUAGGUAAUUGUUUCAUUUCAUCAAUUUUAUGCUAUUUCUUUGUUUUCUCCGGUUAGUAGCACUAACUUAUCUUGAUUCUGAGUGUUGGCUGCCAUUAUCAUUUUCCUUCAUCUUUUUCUCAUGAAAAUAUAAGGGUUUCUUACAUGCUUUUUAUGGAAUUCCUUCACUUUCAACCUGUAAUGUAGUGAUUCCAAACAGGUCACCCCUAUUCUUAUGCCAGUACCCAUUUACUUCUUAUAUCUUAGGUGCCAAUGCUGUAACUUGAGCUGUCCCAGAAAGAAACUAGAUUCAUUUGCCCUCCUUGUGAGUGCUCUAUAACUAACCCAGGAGACAAGGACAUGUUCUCCAGGGGCCCGCUUAAUAUCAACUGGUACACGCCCUGUAAGCAAUUCAAGAAGAACCACACCAUAGCUGUAAACAUCCGAUUUUGUGGCUCCACUCUUGUUGGAAGACUUUUGUCGACGGAGCAAGAAUAGGACAAAGAAAAUGGUGAGAAGUACGGUAACUGUGGUGGCCGCUGCAAUGGCUAUGAGAAUGGUUUUGGAGGGGAGAUGAGCAUGGCUAUGCUCAUGAUUUUCUGAAUGCAAUUGGUGCUGUGCGUAUGACUGGCUCUUUGUGUCAACACUUGGUAUAGUAGUAGUAGUAUUAACAUCCAUGAGAGAUCAAGAAAACUAAGAAUACAAAGAAAAACACUGAUAUAAACGGCUUCUUGUUUGAGGGGAAAAGGAGGUUUUAAUGAGAAGCAAGAGAGGGUCUAGGAGGGGUUUUUGUUUAAAGAAGACAAAUAGGGGGUGCAA